GCAGGCUGCAUUCCACACAGCCUCAGCCCUCGUGCUCACGACCUGCUUGGCAUCACAGGCGCCGGAACCACACGCCAAGAUGUGCAAAGGAUUAGCAGCUUUGCCGCACACAUGCCUGGAAAGAGCCAAGGAAAUCAAGACCAAAUUGGGCAUCUUGCUCCAGAAGCCCGAUUCGGCCGUUGACCUGAUCAUCCCUCACCCAGAGAAGCCGGAGAAGCCAGCCAAGGCCCAGAAACCUUCUCCGGAGGAGGCAUGGCAGUGGCGCAACUCUCUGGAGAAGCUCCUCCAAAAUCCUUACGGACUUGCCAGCUUCCAGAGCUUCCUCCGGUCCGAGUUCAGUGAGGAGAACAUCGAGUUCUGGAUUGCUUGUGAAGACUAUAAGAAGACCAAGUUGCCUGCUAAAAUGGCCGAAAAGGCCAAGAAAAUCUAUGAGGAAUUUAUCCAAAGUGAGGCUCCGAAAGAGGUGAACAUCGACCACUUCACCAAGUCUGUGACCCUGAAGAACCUGGUGGAGCCCUCCGUGAGCACCUUCGACUUGGCCCAGAAGAGGGUCUUCAUGCUGAUGGAGAAGGAUUCGCUUCCCAGAUUUGUGCGUUCCAGCAUAUUUCAGGAGUUAGUGAAGUAGCGGCACGGCAGAGCUGUGCGAGGCAUUGGCGUUCCCGCCCCGCCAGUAGGGCCAUGGCUUGCUCCAGUUAUCCGCUUGCAUUAUUAGCCCGGCUGCUGCUUUGCGUCACGCGUAUCCAAGCUCUGAAGGCUCAGUGGGUGCGUGGUUAAGCGUUCUGCCUGUACUGUUUCGGUGUCUCUGUUGCUCCGUCCUGGCGACUCUGCUUCUCUUUCUGUCCCUGUUUCCGUCCUACCCGUCCCAUUAAAAUCAGUGCUGCAGAAAGGAUUAAGAGAGGCAUUCCUGGCUCAACUGGGGUUGACUUUUGAUACACAGGAGGCCAAAUGGGCUCUGGAUCGGCUUACCUGAGACCUGAGCAGGCCAGACCUGAGGACAGAAAGUGCAGUGUAUUCGGUGCCCUGGAACUUCCUCCCCUAAGAGGACUUAGGGGAGAAAGCCCAGCAUCACAUCCCACAAACACUAGGAGCCACGCAACGUGCCCCCGCUGCAGGUUAACCAGUGGCUGCACAGAGCCAGAGGUAAAUAAGCAAAGGUUGGUAGGGUGUCGUGUCUUUUAAAAAUGCAAUGAGUCCUAUAGAGAAAAGCGUCCCAGCUGCACAAGCUGCUCUGCUGCCUCUUAAGGUAGGCGUAAAACACCCAGUAAAAUUUGGUUUGAGUCAUUUUAUGACUUUGUAGCCACAUGGAUGGUCACAACAGCACAAUGGCAUCAAAGAGGAGGAUAAUCUUAAGAAAGGACAAGGAAUGUGUGUCGACCCGUAAAAACCACGCGGUGCUCCCUUUUGACGUGAAACUUUCAUUGAAGCUCACAUGUUACCAGAUCAGAACUCUUCCUGCAAGACCCGAUGGCCUCCGUGACUUCAUCUGGUGAAUACGGUGUCUGAAUGCGCCAUUGCUGGAGGAGAGCUUCCAUUCAAUAUAUCGCAGGGAACCAAGCCAGCCUAAUAAAUAACUGCGCCUGAUACAUCAGGGAGCAUCCAGACCAGAUGAAAUUGACGCCCCUUAAUCUGCCCACGCUUGGCAGUCAGUUUAGGUUUAUGUCUCAGCAUUAUGAAAUUAAAGUUUGGCAAAGCAUUAUCUGUCACUUUAAUCUAGGGCAAUCCGCUGAUGAACGCUAAGCAGCUGAAGAGCCAUUCGGGGCUCCGUUGGGAGCAGGGGCAGUAGACGCCCAAUAAUAAUAUUAAUAAUGAUAAAUUAGUGUCGUUGCCCUUGUUAUUAUGAAGGUUAAUCUCCUGGAAAGUGAGGAAUGCACCGGUGCUCCAGGCCUGCACGAUUUGCGGCCCCCCCCGGGCGAAUGCGUCCCACCGGCCCUGUGUGGCGCUGGCGAGGUGCUUUCCAGCCACCCGUGUUUGCGGGCCGGCCAGUCCGCAGAACCGGGCAGGCACCAGGCGCCUCUUCGGCUGCACACGGCUUGACGGGUCCCAAGUUGUGCAAGCCCACUGUACCCUGAGGAAAGCUAAGGAGCAAGUGAUCCCUUUUAGGUAGUGGCCGAUGGUUUUCAAACGUAUUUUGCGGUGUUAGUGUUAAGGGGAGAGAUUGGUAGAUCCCACCAUUUUUAAAACAGGGACACCGAAAAAGCCUUGGAGAUGGAUGGGUGCAGAGUCUGCCUGAAACUUUCUCUGCACGGUUUGUGGAGCCACCCAGCCUCUUACCUACUGCCCUGUCCUGCGCUAGAUGUAUUGGGGUUGUAGCUUCUCCAGCGGCCCUGCAUGGACCCAGUGCCUAGCACAGCUCCACGCCGUGCUCCUCGAGUGCUCUUUUCUGAAUGGCGAUGAAAAUACUUGCGGUGAAGUGUUAUCCUUUUAGCUCUCUCUGUAGCAGGCUCACCAACAUGACCCAAAACCUUGACCUUCAGACGAAAAUGCGAUCAAGAUGCAUGUAAACACCAUCCUCCCGGCACUCCUGUUUAGACUGCAUCAACGCAGACAGGAAGAGCAUCUAAACACAGCUGAAGGAAACUAAAUUCUACAUCCCCAAUCGGUGCUCUUCCAGUAAAUAUCCUGUUGCAAUCCAAGCAUGUAGAUACAAACUCUGGACAGUACCAAUCGUGGGAAGAGGGCCCCAAUCCCCACGAUUCAGAGUAUCUGACCAGAACAACACACAAGCGCACACACACAAACCCAUUUGGAUCCGUGCUGGUAGGAAACUGUGUGAAUAGCACCAAUUUGUCUUAUUAUGACCACUGUCUGAUCCUGUUUAAUGUCGUUUGUUCCAUUGUCUUGCUAUGGACUGGAGCAUUGCAUGUUAGAUUUCCGCCUUGUGGUGAGCUGUUGUCUGUUGAACUGCUUCAGGUACAGGGAAGAUUGGAUUUCUUAGAGGAAAGGGUUAAAUAUAGCCCCAGUUGUUUUUGUAAAGAUAGUUUUUGAAAUGAACAUUAUUUAUUUAUGUAACAUUUUUGUUGUUUUCCAGAAUUCUAAAAGUUUGGCAAUUUUAAAGAUAACAAAAUGAACUCCAGGUCUAUAUGCAUUAAAAACAAAAUACAAUAAUCAGUUACUAACCCCUUUUAAAUUCAGGAUGAAAAGAAAAUAUAAAACACUGAGAGUUGUGGCAGGAAUGGUUAUUUUUCUUAUAAGCUUUGGUUUAUUAAAAAGCAUAGUUUCCCUAGGUUUGAUUUUUGCUUCAAAAUACUCCCUCAGUUCUCAUUAGACUCCAUGGAUGAGUACUCACAGGGUCAAUAAUGUUGUAUUUUGGGAUAAAGUUAGAACUAUUUCCCACCAAAUGUGCAUGGAACCUUCACAACUUAAACCCAGUCCUGGCCAAAGAAAAUAUCUGGUUAUGUGUUGCAAAGAUAAUCUUUGGUCUCACUACAAUCUCAAGUUGAAAGGUGCCUAUACUACACAAAUAAAUAUUCAUCUCUAGCCUGCCCAAACCUAUGUUCUGUUUGAUUAAUUCUUAUCAUAACACCAUGGCAUAGCUCACUAUUUAUAACUCAUCCCCUUUUUUAUAAGCAAAGUAACUGAAGCUGAUAUACUGUUACAAAGACUCCGAUAAUUUCACUGCUUCUUGAGUAGAAAUUCUGCUGGCAUUUACCAAAAUCCCAUUACUUUGAUGUGAACAGAAGAAAUGGAAAACAAAUUAAGGCCUGUAAGGUUCAAAGCAUUGAUCAGCAGUCUUUAUAUAUCCGUGAUGCCCCUCCAUCCGCACUGUGCUAGUUCUUAAAGUUCAGUUUGAAUUUUCAGGUUUUCAGUUGCAUUUCAGGGGAAGCUCUAAAAUCUUCAGGGAUGGAUCCAGUGCAAAGAACAUGGCUUAACAGACAAUUGUACUCACUGGGCUCAGACAAGUUCGCCCCUGCCCUUCCAAGCACCAUCCCAUAAUGUUUUAUUCUACACACCUGGCAAAGAGCAACCCUUAGGCCCCUGGCAUCGGAUCUGAUCCUCCAGUACCAUCUUAGCUGUACGAAAAUAAAAAGCUUAGCUCUUGCCUCACAGUUUCCACCCCAGGACGACAGCUGUGCAGCCAGAUUCAGCGCACGGGGCCAAACGCAAGCCUGUAAGCAUGGGAAGCUGCCCAUCUGUUUCUCCAAAGAUCUGGAGGUGUCAAAGGCAGGGAACGGUUCCCUGAACUGGGGCAUAAUGCACACGAGGGUUUCGCCGAGGCGGCCUCUUCCGUUUUUAACCCGUUUUCAUUGUGCGUGGUUCACACCGGGUUUUUCCCAGAUUUGGUGUUAGAGAACACCAAAUCUGGGAUCGGUGUGACACUGGUUACCUGAAUUUAUAGAAAGACAGAGUUCUAUAAAUUCAGGUAACCAGUGUCACACUGAUCCGCAAUUCAGAGGCAUGGAUCCAUGGGUGCCUAAAUAGGAACACGCCAUGUUAAUUUCCUUAGGGUUAUAUAGAAUACACAAAAGGGGAGGGAAUACAACACACAGGAAGGUGAUUGGAUACUUUGAUAUGGACAGGAAAGGGAUUGGCUACAGGUCACAACACCAUAAAGAAAAGGUACGUUCCACUCUAAUGAGAUGCCUUGGACAGGCCCUCUGAACCGAAGCUGCCUUGAACAGGCUGGCCAGGUUAAGUAAACAGAAAGGUGACAGGUGUGAACGUGCAGGGUUAGGGGGGCGCUCUGGCAGGCCUGUAGCACACAGAGAUUGCGCUUCGACGGUCACCCGCUCAUGCAGUGGGGUCACUGGUCUUCCCACCAGACACCCAGGCAUCUCCUGUUGCGUGUAUGGCAAGGCAGUGGGGUGGGGUGGUAAGAACUGCUUCUCCGAGUACACCAGGCACAUGGCGGUGUUGGUGGUAUUGCUGAAGGAUUUGCAAGGCCACCUGUGGUUUUUCUUCCAGUUUGACAUUUAAUACUGUGCUCUCCUCGCUCUAAAAUAAACUCUGCAAAAAGGCACGGGAGGAUAAUGACGUCUCGAACAGCCCCUUCCAACUUCCCCAAGUGAGAGAUCACAAGUGCACAAUAAACCUUUGUGUACAGGGUUGUUUCACGCAAGCUGGGUGGUUGUGCGCAGCAAAAAUGUUUGCCUAAUAAUCCGUUUACCGGCUGCCAAAACUGUAUUCUGCACCACCUCAUUGAGAGAGGGAGGGAGGAGGAGAGACUCCGUCCCCACGUCCUGCCAGAUAGGACUGGCUACCCGUCCCUUGGCGUUCCUCCCGAUCCAUCAUGUGGCAGGCAGAGGGGUUGGAAGCCAGAGGCUGAGUGGAGCGAUAAGCCAGCGCACUGCAGGCAGGGAAAGCUGGCGCUCCAGCGCUUCGCUCUCGCCUCUCGCACAUGCCUGGCUUAGGGGGCCUACCCAGCUUUUGUUCUUGACAAAUUGGUGCCAUUCUUUAAUUACACCACCACAAAUGAGAACAUGUAAUCUCUGUUUAGGCACAUUUCAGACAAGGAACCAUGAGGCUAGUCGACUGUAAACUGCUGUAAACAUGGUCUGCCAAACCUACUCUUCCAAAAGGGCUGAAAAAUGCAGUUUUGUAACACACACACACCCUGUGUGGUUUUCCUGCAAUGCAAAUCAGGGAAAGCAAUGCUGAUUUAUUUUCAUUUUGGAGCCUGCUGCAGAGAUAGUGGGUCAGUGAAAGCUUUAUUUCCAGUUAAGUUAUAUAUUUAGCCUGCAUUUAUUAUUACAAGUUACACCUUAUUGGUAGUGUAUUGAUACUCAUUAUAUCCCUCUGUUAUUACUACAGAAUCAUAUCUAAUCUUGAUGGACAGAAGGUUCUUGGAACUUCUCCAACACAAACCCCAUUGAAAGGAAUGAGGUGUCUAUGCACCACAUUUUUUUCAUGGGGCCCUGGAAGGAGAAUUUCCAAGUGGAUCUUACUUCAUAAUAGACUUGUUUGAAGUUUUAGGGAAUUAUUGUUUGCUGGAAUACAGGAAUUCUUGUUUUGAAGUGUACAGAAACCGAAUGUACAAGUCAUAUUCGGAUAAGGUUCAACGUAUUUACUCAGCUUUUUAUCCAGUACUAAAUAAAGUAUAGCACUAUU